AUGACCCCAGGUUCACUGCUCAGAGGCAUCAAGAAGGAGGUUGAAAUUCUAUACGGGGAUUAUGGUGCAGGCAUGCUCAACGGGCUACAGAUCAAGUAUCUUUCCCUGGCAACGUCCACCUUUAUCAUCAAAUGCUCUCGCGCCAUGUGCUCAAUGUUGUGGUCAGCCUUGACUUUUAUGGGCCGCGUCCCUAACAAGGACGGCACAGGGAAGCAUUGCAUAUUCCGCGUGGUGCGCGUCAGCGGUACAAUUCGCAAAGUCGAGGAAGAAGCCAUUCGCCAAAGCAGGGCUCUCAUCGUCGCAGCCAAGCAGGAAGCCAGUGAAGCACAAGGCUCGAUAUCCGGCAUCACGCGACACACCGCUGGCACGCAAUCAUCGGCACAGAGUCACCUUGCAAUGGUUGAUGACUCUGACGAGUCAAUGGACGACGCAGAUGGUUGA